UUUGGUUCUGGACGAGGGUUAUGCAUGGAGGACGUUCAAAGGGAUCGUCACUGAUCAUGAAGUUAACGAAUGUUACAACAUGUCAGUGAAGGAGUUUGAGCGUUCUGGCAUCCAUGACCUUUUCAAGGCUAUGUCAAAGUUUUAUACAGCGACUUGCCAGGCCAAGGAGCUUGCUACAGAGGCCAAGACUGCCAAGGAUAAGGCUAAGGAGCUAAGCCAUGAGGUCUUAUCCAAGAAGGGGGAGGUCAUUAGGUUGACCGAGGACUUUAAUCGUCUGCUGGGAAGCGAGACGAAGCUGAAGAACGAUGUUGAGGAGCUCAAAGCUGACAACUUAGAGAAGGAUACCCGCAUCGUCCAUCUAGAAGGACAAGUUGCAGAGCUUACCUCGUCCUUGGAGAAGGCACGUGAAGAAGCAAUUGCUGCUUUUAAGAAGUCUGACGAGUAUAAGAAUCGUCUAGACAGUCAUUAUGCAGCUGGUUAUGAAGACUUCCGUGCUGAUGCAAAAGACGCGUAUCCUGAUUUGGACUUUAACUCGUUCAAGCUUCCUCUUGCUACAGAGAGUUCUGUGUUGCAGACGAGUUCCGAGGACGUCAACAUCAUGGACGAUGCUAACACUGAAGUUACUCAGGACGAACCCAAGUGA